CCGCCCUCGCCCCCUCGUCGCAGCGGCCCCCGCCCGGCUGGCUCGGCCUCGGGGCGCGGGGAGCCGGCGACGCCGUGUUCCCGGCCGGCCCGCGAGCCAUGGCCCAGCCCGGCGAGGAGGCCCUGCCCGGGCCCGAGACCGCGGUGCAGAUCCGCGUCGCCAUCCAGGAGGCCGAGGACGUGCAGCAGCCGGAGGACCAAGAGGAGGGGGCGGAGGCGCAGGGCGCGGGGGACCCGGCCCGGUACCUGAGCCCCGGCUGGGGCAGCGCCAGCGAGGAGGAGCCGAGCCGCGGGCCCAGUGGCCUGACGGCAAGUGAGAACGAGCACGAGGACGCAGAGCAGGAGGACGCAGAGCAGGACUGGAAGCCCCCAGACGAGGAGUUAAUCAGGAAACUCGUGGAUCAGAUUGAAUUCUACUUUUCUGAUGAAAACCUGGAGAGGGACGCCUUCCUGCUGAAGCACGUGAGGAGGAACAAGCUGGGAUACGUGAGUGUUAAACUACUCACGUCCUUCAAAAAGGUGAAGCACCUCACACGGGACUGGAGAACCACAGCACAUGCCUUGAAGUACUCAGGGAUCCUCGAGCUGAAUGAGGACCACCGGAAGGUGAGGAGGACCACCCCUGUCCCACUCUUCCCCAAUGAGAACCUCCCCAGCAAGAUGCUUCUGGUCUAUGACCUCUACCUGUCCCCUAAGCUGUGGGCCCUGGCUGCCCCCCAGAAGAAUGGAAGGGUGCAGGAGAAGGUGAUGGAACACCUGCUUAAGCUCUUUGGCACCUUUGGCGUCAUCUCCUCAGUGCGGAUCCUCAAGCCUGGGAGAGAGCUGCCCCCUGAUAUCCGGAGGAUCAGCAGCCGGUACAGCCAGGUGGGGACCCAAGAGUGCGCCAUCGUGGAGUUUGAGGAGGUGGAGGCGGCCAUCAGAGCCCAUGAGUUCAUGAUCACAGAAUCUCAGGGCAGGGAGAGCAUGAAAGCUGUCCUGAUUGGGAUGAAGCCACCCAAAAAGAAACCUCCCAAAGACAAGAACCAAGAUGAGGAGCCCACUGCGAGCAUCCACCCGAGCAAGUCCCUGAACAAGAGAGUUGAGGAGCUUCAAUACAUGGGUGAUGAGUCUUCCGCCAACAGCUCCUCCGACCCUGAGAGCAACCCCACAUCCCCAAUGGCUGGCCGGCGGCAUGCGGUCACCCACAAGCUCAGCCCUUCUGGCCACCAGAAUCUCUUUCUGAGCCCAAAUGCCUCCCCAUGCUCGAGUCCUUGGAGCAGCCCCUUGGCUCAACGCAGAGGCGUUUCCAGAAAAUCCCCACUGGCUGAGGAAGGUAGGUUGAACUCUGGGACCAGCCCUGAGAUCCUCCGCAAGUGCACAGAUUAUUCCUCGGACAGCAGCGCCACCACCCCCUCCGGCAGCCCCUGGGUUCGGCGGCGCCGCCGAGCCGAGAUGGGGCCACAGGAGAAGAGCCCUGGCGCGAGUCCCCUGCUCUCUCGGAAGGUGCAGGCUGCAGACGGGUUCCCUGUGCGGGUGCUGAGGCUGCCCAGAGGCCCCGACAACACCAGAGGAUUCCACAACGGACACGAGAGAGGCCGGGCCUGUGUAUAAAUAUCUCCUAUUUUUAAUAUCAGCUCCACUGAAAACAACCUUUGUUUUCAAGAUUCUGACAAAUACUUGGCAUGACAUAGAAUGAAAUUAAGUCCCCUUUGAAAGAUUUUGUAUACAUGUAGUCCUCUUAAUUUAUAUAUUUGUAAUGUAUAUAGAUUGUCUGGUACGCUAUGGUUUUAAGACUGUCCUUUAGUUCAGAACACCCUCUCCUCCCAGCACGGCCAUUGUUUUGACGAUGCCCGACGAGUGUGAAUGUUCUGUUUCUGCAAGACUGUGGGGGCACAAGCACCCCAGGGAAGGCCUGGCAGCACGUCUCUUCUUUGGGGAAGGGUUCUUCCCUGCAGUGGCUGGGCUGUCCCUGGUUGACCAGGCAACAUCUUCCAGAGAGUUCUGUUGUGCAACAGCAACUAGGUAAGCCAGCAGCAUGGUGUGUUCAUAGGAUCAAAUGUAUGUUUCCUGUCAAAUGAAUAAAUACUAAAACACCAA